AAAUGAGAUAUUAGACGCCUGGACAGAGACUUGUCACGUCUGGCCUGUAAAGUAAGCCAUUGAUCUUGACUGGUUCAUUUAAAAUAGAUUCAGGGUUCGCAAUGGGCGGACGGGCUGUUUUCGGGCUGUUUGCGAUAUGCUGGGCAAUUCCAGGUGCCUUUUGUGCGGCCUCGGAAGAGAACCUUGUCCGGCAGCUGUUUAACGAGUCCAGGUACAGCCCGGAUGUCAGGCCAGUCGUGGCUCCAACUGAUGUUCUACCCGUCAACUUCAAGCUGUUGGUGAUCCAAGUCAUCGCUGUGAACGAAAAGGCGGAGUUUAUGAGGACGAACGUGUGGGUGGAGCUGUCCUGGGUAGACUACCGACUGGCAUGGAACAAGGAAGAUUUUGACCACAUCCCCAGCAUCCGCGUGCCAGCAGAAUCCGUGUGGAAACCAGACAUUGUCCUGCUAAACAACAAAGACGGCCAAUAUGAUGUUGCGCUCCACACAAAAGCAAUCAUUUCCAACGACGGGAGCGUGUACUGGCUGCCGCCGUCCAUUUUCACGAGUGAGUGUUCUAUCAACGUCCGUCACUUCCCCUUCGACAAGCAGAACUGCACGCUCCAGUUCUCAUCCUGGACAUACAGCAAACGAGAGGUGGACUUGGUAAAUCUUGGUUUUGUGUAUGACGACUUUAAGCAAAGUGGAGAGUGGCAGAUCGUGGACAUCCCAAGCAGGAGGGUCGAGAUUGAAGACAGUGUUUUUGUCAUCUAUGACUUCAUGUUAGCCAGAAAGCCGCUGUUCUACAUCGUGAACAUGAUCGUGCCCAUCAUCCUGCUGACUCUGCUGUCCAUCCUGGUGUUCUACCUGCCUGUAGACUGUGGGGAGAAGGUCGGACUCUGUAUCAACAUUCUCCUGGCCUUGGUGGUGUUUGUGCUGCUGAUCGCCGACAUCAUCCCCGCCACUUCUCUGGACAUCCCCCUGAUCGGCCGUUAUCUGAUGUUCACCAUGAUCUUCGUCACCAUAGAGACGGUAACAACGAUUUACGUAAGUAACAUCCACUUCCGCGGCGCGUCCACCCACGUCAUGUCGCCAUGGAUACGGUACAUCUUCCUGAAGCUGCUGCCGAGGCUGAUGAAGGUUCCUCCUCCGGGGGAGGAGCAGGAAGAGGAAAGUACAAAGGAGAGCGCUAACGGUCAUCCUCCGGGCGCUAACGGAAUCCACCCCUGGGGGGCUGAAGCCAUCGAGCUCCGGAGGAGAAGGGAAGCAGCUGACGGCCGGCCCCCUGUCCCGCCCCGAACAGACCAGCCGCAUCUUUCCGCUGAUCUUAGGGAGGCAGUGGGUCAUGUGACUACCGUCUCAGACCACUAUAGGGAUGAGGACAAUGACUCCGCGGUGAGUGACGAGUGGAAGUUCGUGGCCACUAUGAUCGACUGGAUCUGUCUACGCCUGUUCACCUUCGCUCUACUAGCCGGCAGCGUUGUCCUCUUCGCCGAGCCGUGGUACGAACAGUCCUUCCGACCGGGAUAACAAACCCAGUCCGCUGUUCUAUAUAUGCAACGAACUAUGUUAAGAACUGUCCUCCCGACAUGUAUAUAUCGCCUAGUUCGCCCAAGGCCGUUUACGCGUGGUACGGACAGCCCUUCCGACCGUACCCGGAAAACACGCCCAGUCCGCUGUUCUGUGAUCACCGUGCUAUAUACCACGAACAGUCUUCCCGACAUGAAUAACACUCACAACCCGCUAGCCUCUUCACCUUGUCACACCGCGAAAGUUUAAAGGAGAAGAAGUUGGGGAUAUUUAUGAAGGUCACUUGGAAAGUCUUUGUCAUAUAUAUAUAUGCAUAUGAAUGUAUGCUGGUCUUAAAGUAGACCGCGAUUUGCAUAAUUGGCAUGUGCAUGCGUUCCAACUGCCUGGAGUUACGUGUGUUAUAUGCAUUAAAGCCCUACCAUGCAUGAAAAAUUCGAUCUAUCAAAGUUCCAAACAAAAACGACCCUGCAGUUCCAAAAUUGAUAACUUGGGGGCUCAAACCUACAUUACUUUUUUCCCUGACGACAACUAACGCUACACAGACAGAGACACACACGAAGAGACACACAUAUAAGCAAACACACUAAAGCAAGGUGGUGAAAAGGUUACAACUUACUUUGGAUGAAAAACGGCUUUAGCACUUGAAAUUCUUCCGUGGUUUACCAACAUCUGCAGUGAAGCUUGCUCGUAUUGAAGAAAAUAAUUCGGAAACCUCAUACCCCGUGACAUGGUUAGAGCUUUUGUACAUUUCCUGUUUUAUCUUGUCUCAUUAAUUAUACUAAUGAGGUUGUAAUCAGAAUAAUUCAUUUGAAUUGAUGGUCUGCUCUAUCCACAUCUCAUAUAAUAGCAGAUGAAGAAAAUCUUUAUUAAUAAUUUUCAGAAGUAAAUCUACAAAACGAACUAUCCUAGCCACAUACCUCCAAGCUACACCUGUGUACAGACUGUGUUGAAAGCGUGUUGGCUUUGAUAUAAUGACACAGAUUGGUCGUUGUCUUUGAAAUCCGUAGAUAUGAAUAAGCAGUGAACGGUUAAAUACAGACAUGGAGAAGUAUAAAACCACACACCGACUCUGUUCUUUCUAUCCAAAUAUGAUUAAGAUGAACAUGAACAUCACUGAGUCAGACGCGUCAUCCUGGGUUGUUCAAAAUAAAGUAAGACCCUUGAAGUUACUUUCCACUUGCUUAAAGGGAUUUGAUACGUUUUA